AUGAAGAGGGAAAACAGGGAGAAUUUGAGAGGCUGGUGGAAGUGGAGUGGGAGUGGGAGUGGGAGCAAGACAAAACGGCUUCCGCAAUCGCUACCGGCUCUGGACAGCCAGACUUGGACGCAGAUAUGGAUCGCGAUAGCGACCACUGCGAGGAUUGCGUCGUAUUACAUCCAGAAGACAUCGUUGCCAUACGAUAUGAACGUCAGCAAUGGAGCGUCCACUAGCAAGAAGCAGGAGAAGGCGCAGGACGCAACUGCCAAGUCACCCGACAAUGCAGACGACCCUUUCGAGAGUGAUGGCGCCCCUAGUUCAGACGAAGAUGAACACCGACCACACGCACAGCCCACCCACCAGUGUUCCUUCGCAACCCCGGAGGAUUGCCAGUGGGACUUCGUGAAGAAGUUCAAGGCAAAGUACCGGCCCCACUUCCAGAAGUUGCCACGCAUGAUGAUGCUGCGCAGAGACACAUGUCUGACCGGGCUGGUGCUAUGCAAGCCUCUAAUGCCGUUAUCGUACUUUAUCCAGGAAAUUGCUGAGAUGACCCGCAAGGAUAGGCCAAGGAACAUCAUGGUCAAGGUGGGCUGUGGGCAGCCGGGCCACACCGUAAACAUGAAGUUCACGGCGGUCGUCCAUAUCGAGAGCAAGCAGCAGCUCCAAGAGUACGGCGGACCGGACUGCGAAUGCUCGCACGGUUGCCAUUGGGGCAUCUGCAUCGGUUUCUUCCACAUUGACCUCGAGUCGUCUGCGGACAACCAGGGGAGAAAGCCUUGCGCCAAGGACGCAAGGCAACGGCAUAAGGAUGAGCUUACCGUCCCUAAAUUCUGCAGUCGUGACGACCAUGAACCCCGAUGCAAAACACAGCUGGCAGUGGACGAUUUCCUGCCCAUCGUCUUGUAG